AUGUCUUCAGAUCUGGCACAAGUGAAGCAUUUGCUGAACCGUCUAUUUCUCGGUCUCAACGAUGAGUAUUCGGAGAAUGAGAAACUGCUGUCGCAGGUAAAGGACUUUUGCCAAAAGAACGACCUCGAUUAUCAGGAAUUGAUCGCCAAAGAGUCUCAAGGCAUACCUGUUCGUCUGUCUCAAGAGGACAGCGAAAUAUACAAUCUGGAGAAACAAAAGCGUGCGUUACUUUCUCGACUGCAAAAAGAAGAGUAUUUCUCGUCAAAAUACGAAGCCUUUCUCGAAAAACACCGUCAGCUAGUGACGUUGCUCAAGGAUAACGUGCAGAACAAAGCCGUGUUCGACGCCGAGUACUCCAAAGUGUACAAGAACCUUGUGGACCAAAGGCUAAAACAAUUGAUUUGCUGA